UCGAUAUUCUUCCAUUCAUCUGGGUGUCUUGGGCCGGCAGCUGGGGGUUACUUCCAAUUAGAAGCUGUUGCAUGUAGCAAUUGAUCAUCAAAAUCAGUCCACACGAGACGGUCCCAGUCCAUCUGCAUGCCCUGCCGAUGUAAGCCAUCCAGGGCUCGUUAUUGUUGCCACUGGCUACCCCGUCAAUUGCAGCUGGUGGUGGCUGCACCACAAAAUUCAACGCAAUUUGUAAAAUGAAAUCGAUUCAAUUGAUUGUUGACUCCGACAAGCACCCACACACACACACACACACCCACACACACUGGCACAGCCAUUGUGCAACCUCGCACACACAGAAGCACAGAGAAAGGAAGCACCAUCCUGGUGCUGGUGCUGGUGCUGGUCCUCGUACGAGUAGGAGUAGGAGUAAUGCCAAGCGACGACGGUGACAGGUGUCUGAGGGUCUGAGGGACGUGUUCAUAUCGGUCCCGGUCCCUGUCCCUGUCCCGGCCUGCUAUACGUGUGUGUGUAUGCCUCUGCCUCUGUGUGCGUUGCACUUUACUUGAUUAAAUUUCAAUAUUUACUAAAAUGUCGCCGAACUCUUUCUGACAGCUCUGUAAAUUUCAUAACCGGAAUCGACAUAAAAUAUGGUCAACUGUGUGUAAAUAUAAGCCUGACAAGCGCAUAAGUUGACUGAAAUGGCUUUCGAUGGUCCCCCGUUAUCUGACUCUUCCUUUGUUGCUGUUGCAACAAUUUGUUGGAGUUUGUCGUGUCCUUGCCGCCUAAAUUUUGUGGCUAACUGCCAUUUUGCGAGCACCAGAUGUCAAAAGCAAUUACUCAACUCCCGACUAAGGAGUUGCCUUUUACGUCAAAAUACUGUAUUUAGUUCAUUUCGAAAUACUCGGAAUAGUCAGAUUGAAUGAAAUAAAAUUUCAAGCGAAGGAAAAUACUUUCUGUUAAAAAAACUGCCCCUUCAAGUGAUCUCAGAUGGAUAAAAGCAACACCCAGAAGACCGUCGCCAUUGAUUCGAGGAGUGAGGCUGAGAAAAGUUUAUCUGAAGACUCCAUAUCUGAUAUGAUGUCCCAGACGGCUAUAAGCGAUAAUCCCAAGAUCAUUGUGGAUGCGAAAGAUGAGGCUGAGAAAAGUUUAUCUGAAGAUUCUAUAUCUGAUAUAAUGUCUGAGAUGGCUAUAAGUGAUACUCCUACGAUCGGUGUUGAUGCGAAUUUUUUCAGAGAUGAGGCUGAGAAAAGUUUAUCUGAAGAUUCUUUAUCUGAUAUGCUGUCCAAGAUGGCUAUAGGAGACACCCAUGAGAAAGAUGAGGCUGAUAUGACGAUCCACAUGGAUAUAAGGGAUACUUCUACGAUCGUAGUGGAUGCGAAGCAUGAGGCAGAGAAAAGUUUAUAUGAAGAAAGUACAUCUUAUAUAACGUCUAAGAUGGCUAUAAGUGAUACUCCUACGAUCGUUGUUGAUGCGAAGCAUGAGGCAGAGAAAAGUUUAUAUGAAGAAAGUACAUCUUAUAUAACGUCUAAGAUGGCUAUAAGUGAUACUCCUACGAUCGUCGUUGAUGCGAAACAUGAGGCUGAGAAAAGUUUAUCUGAAGAUUCUAUAUCUGAUAUAACGUCUAAGAUGGCUAUAAUUGAUACUUCUACGAUCGUUGUUGAUACGAAAGAUGAGGCUGAGAAAAGUUUAUCUGAAGAUUCUAUUUCUGAUAUAAUGUCUAAGAUGGCUAUAAGUGAUACUCCUACGAUCGUUGUUGACGCGAAACAUGAGGCUGAGAAAAGUUUAUCUGAAGAUUCUAUAUCUGAUAUAACGUCUAAGAUGGCUAUAAGUGAUACUCCUACGAUCGUCGUUGAUGCGAAAGAUGAGGCUGAGAAAAGUUUAUCUGAAGAUUCUAUAUCUGAUAUAACGUCUAAGAUGGCUAUAAGUGAUACUCCUACGAUCGUCGUUGAUGCGAAACAUGAGGCUGAGAAAAGUUUAUCUGAAGAUUCUAUAUCUGAUAUAACGUCUAAGAUGGCUAUAAUUGAUACUUCUACGAUCGUUGUUGAUACGAAAGAUGAGGCUGAGAAAAGUUUAUCUGAAGAUUCUAUUUCUGAUAUAAUGUCUAAGAUGGCUAUAAGUGAUACUCCUACGAUCGUCGUUGAUGCGAAACAUGAGGCUGAGAAAAGUUUAUCUGAAGAUUCUAUAUCUGAUAUAACGUCUAAGAUGGCUAUAAUUGAUACUUCUACGAUCGUUGUUGAUGCGAAACAUGAGGCUGAGAAAAGUUUAUCUGAAGAUUCUAUUUCUGAUAUAAUGUCUAAGAUGGCUAUAAGUGAUACUCCUACGAUCGUUGUUGAUGCGAAGCAUGAGGCAGAGAAAAGUUUAUAUGAAGAAAGUACAUCUUAUAUAACGUCUAAGAUGGCUAUAAGUGAUACUCCUACGAUCGUCGUUGAUGCGAAGCAUGAGGCAGAGAAAAGUUUAUAUGAAGAAAGUACAUCUUAUAUAACGUCUAAGAUGGCUAUAAGUGAUACUCCUACGAUCGUCGUUGAUGCGAAGCAUGAGGCAGAGAAAAGUUUAUAUGAAGAUUCUAUAUCUGAUAUAACGUCUAAGAUGGCUAUAAUUGAUACUUCUACGAUCGUUGUUGAUGCGAAGCAUGAGGCAGAGAAAAGUUUAUAUGAAGAAAGUACAUCUUAUAUAACGUCUAAGAUGGCUAUAAGUGAUACUCCUACGAUCGUUGUUGAUGCGAAGCAUGAGGCAGAGAAAAGUUUAUAUGAAGAAAGUACAUCUUAUAUAACGUCUAAGAUGGCUAUAAGUGAUACUCCUACGAUCGUUGUUGACGCGAAACAUGAGGCUGAGAAAAGUUUAUCUGAAGAUUCUAUAUCUGAUAUAACGUCUAAGAUGGCUAUAAUUGAUACUUCUACGAUCGUUGUUGAUGCGAAAGAUGAGGCUGAGAAAAGUUUAUCUGAAGAUUCUAUUUCUGAUAUAAUGUCUAAGAUGGCUAUAAGUGAUACUCCUACGAUCGUUGUUGACGCGAAAGAUGAGGCUGAAAAAAAUGUAUCUGAAGAUUCUAUUUCUGAUGUAACGUCUAAGAUGGCUAUAAGUGAUACUCCUACGAUCGUCGUUGAUGCGAAGCAUGAGGCAGAGAAAAGUUUAUAUGAAGAAAGUACAUCUUAUAUAACGUCUAAGAUGGCUAUAAGUGAUACUCCUACGAUCGUUGUUGACGCGAAACAUGAGGCUGAGAAAAGUUUAUCUGAAGAUUCUAUUUCUGAUGUAACGUCUAAGAUGGCUAUAAGUGAUACUCCUACGAUCGUCGUUGAUGCGAAGGAUGAGGCUGAGAAAAGUGGGUCUCAGGAGGUCAUAUCUGAUACAACGACCCAGACGGACCAGAUAAGUGACUCUUCUAAGAUCGUUGUGGAUGUGGAGAAUGAGGCCGAGAAAAGUGUGUCUCACGUGUGCAAAACGUAUUUGACGACCCAGAUGGCUGUCGAUGACUCCCUAGAGAUCGACUGCAGUAGGAAUGCCGAGGCGGAGGACAGCGUAGAUCAGUGGCCACAGAAAGACACAUCUGUUGCGGUUACAUUCGUGGAGCCCAAGACUGUUGACACAGAUGAUAAGGGACCUGAAGCUGAAGAGCAAGUGCCCAAUAUUGAGGAGCCUGUCGAUACGUGGGGCCUGCUCACGGGUCUACAAAACCAUAAGACUGUCGCCAGUGAGUCGGAUAAGGUCAAAAAGCAAGUGGGGUCGAACUCUUAUCGCUCCGGACAGCUUCCCGUGUUUAUGUGGGACUCCAGCUCGGAGGAGGACGAAUCCGUAAAGCCUCACGUGGAUAUUAAUUACGAAAAUAUCUUUGAGGACGUGAGCAAGCUGAGCGCGGUGGAAAAGCAUCUGCAGCUGCUGUACAGACCCUUCAGCUGUGUGAUCGAGAUGAUCUGCCGGUUCAACAUCUUCGAGCUGUGCAUCCUGAUCUCUGACUCCAGCUACGAUCCGGGCUGCCAUCCCUCGGUCUCGGUCCGCACCGUCAAUCCCACUGGCCUGGUCAAGAUCUAUGCGGGCGGCAAGAUGGUGUCCACCGCCUUGACCGCCGAGUCGGCUCUGACCUGUCUGUUCAAGGUGGUGCGGAUGGUGGAGGAGUUGGACUUCAAGAUGGACGUGAAUAACCUCAGUCAGAACAUCGUCCACGCCUCCUUCUGCAUGCCCUUCAGCCUGGACCUGGACCGUCUUUACGAGCAGCAUACCACGAAGGUGACCCGCAACUGUCGCGCUCGGCCCUUCAUCACCUACAGCACCGAGGGGGAGGACAUAGUCUUUGCUGUCUUUCCCAGCGGCUUCGUCCUGGUCCUGCACUCGACCAAGCACUCGAAAACCCGGGCCGCCAUCGCCGCCCUCCUGCCGAUCCUGGCCCAGUACAAGGACGGAUCCACGAAGCAGUCCGAGAAGCAGGGACGCGUCUGCGGCGACGUUUCCUUCAAGCUGUUGUGGGAGCACAGGCUCGAGCAGGACAAGGAUAGCCAGCUCCUCUACUCCUAGAAUACCCCCCGCCCCCCAACCGCUCUCCUGCUCCCCGAUCAUAGGUUGGGAUCUCGUUUGUUUUGUUUAAUUUCAUUUUUGUGCUCUGAAAUACCGUGAACAUUUGUCAUAAACCAAAGUUCCGCACGUGCACUGUUUA